AUGGAGUAAACUCCGCCAACUUAAAAAGCCACUCCAGACAAUCAGAGUGCCAUACUCCAGCCCCUGCCUCUGAUUAUGAGACAUCAGAUCCAGGGCGGCAGCGAAGAGAAGAACUUGCUUUACGGCAAACUCAGAGGAUUCAACUAGAACAGAAAGGUAAACGCCAGCGACAAGACUAAAAAAGAAGAGUCUAGUGAUGACAGCGACUACUUCUCAGAUCUUGAUUAGCAGGAGGAGAAGAAAAACGAGGAGGGUAAGCGAUGCAGACAUAAAGAGAUAAAGGACUAUAAAUGCACAAAAUGCAACUACCAGGUGCACAACUUCUAGUCGUUCUUUGACAGCGGCUAGAUACAAACUUACAUCAGAGUGCUGUUUCUCACAGAGUCUGAAAAUAUGAUGGAGACCAUAUACCCCAAAAACUCGGCAGGGCUCAACCAGGCCAUCACACCCAAACUUAUAUUUGAAUGCUACAAACCAACUAACGUCAUUCAGAUGAGAGAAGUCAUACUUUACAUGAUUCACAAAAAUCUAAGAAAUCAACUCAAAAAUAAUCCACAAAACUACAGCGAAAUAAAAAAGUUAAUAAAUAUUUAAAUGGCUCAAGACCCUGACGCUCACAAAUACACGCACAAAUUUAAAAACUACCUUAAGCAGUACAGAGAUCAAAAGCAAAAGAUUAUGCUUAGUGGAGACACCUUGUUUAUUGACUCCCUGUUUGAAAGUGGGAAUCUUGAGAAGGCUUACAGGGUAUCUAAUAAAGGACAAAACUAUGAAUUAUUUAUGAAUGUAGAUUCGAACACCAGAGGCCACUAACAGUGGUUUUACUUCAGAGUCAGAAAUAUAAAGGCUAAUGUUCGCUAUACUUUUACCAUUAGAAAUUUUACAAAGGGUCAGUCACUUUACAAAAAGGGCAUGAAAGUUAUGUGGAAGAGUAAGAUUGUAUCCAAGAAGAUAGAUGAGGACUAUCUAAACUAAAACAUACUCUUCAGCGAUAAAUAAUGGCAUCAUGGAUGGGAACAGCUAAGUGACUAGUACAUCAGUGAUGUGGAGUACUUCAAAAGCAACUGCGAAAGAAGUCAUAUUAUCAGAGGACUGUACAAAAAGUACUUUAAAGAGGACGAUGACACUAUUGAUACUUCAAAUGUUGAGAUUAAAGAACUAAAGUUUGAAAAUGAGUUGAAGUUCUUUUCCACCGAACCAGUCAUAGAGCAGAACAAUUCUAAUCAAUAUGAGGAAAAUAUUUCAAUUAACUCAGGUAGCAUAUCUUAUUAGAGAAAUACUAUGUGUUUAACGAUAGCCGGGCUUCCUCUUCCAAUAAUAACAAUUACUAAUUAAAAUACAGACAAAAAAUAUCAAACUAAAAAGCAAGUAAUAUUGGUAAGUGCCAGAGUACAUCCAGGAGAGACUAACUCAAGUUUCGUCUUUGAUGGAUUUUUCAAAUUUAUCACUACAACUAACUCUCAAUCUGCCAAUUUCUAUAUCGCAUAGGCUUUGAGAGAAGCAUAUAUUUUCAAAUUAAUUCCAAUAAUGAAUCCUGAUGGAGUAGUCUCUGGUAAUUACAGAACUUCUUUAGCCGGAGUUGACCUAAAUAGGCAAUGGAUCAGUCCACAUCGAUUCAUCCAUCCUCCAAUUUUUUUUCUUAAGCAAAAUAUUGAGUAAAUAUCCAAAGAUAGAGAAAUUUUGCUUUACUGUGAUAUGCAUGGUCAUUCUAAGAAGAAGAAUGCUUUCAUUUAUGCUUGUAAUGCUGCCGCUAAUGGUGGAUUUUAAUCAUGGACCAAAGUCAGACUCUUUCCAAGAAUAUUAGCCAAAAAUAGUUAUAGAUUUAAUCUUAAUGAUUGCACUUUCAAAGUUUAGAAAAGCAAACUGGGCACUGCGAGAGUUGUAGUCUGGAAGGAAUUUUCAAUUACUAAUAGUUUCACUUUAGAGAACUCAUUUUUUGGCUACGAUUAUGGAAUCGAUGGAGAGGUCAGGGAAUUUAAAGUUAUUGACUAUUCUGAACUUGGUUUUGAAAUAGCUAAGUCUCUAUGGGAGUACAACUAACUUUGCGCUUAAAUUUAAAAAGAACUAAAUCUGACUAAAGGAUGGCUAAAGCCUAAACUUUUGCUAUAGGUUACUGGCAUACCUGCUGCUGAGAAAAUAAAGCAAGAGAUUCAAGAGCUGAAAAAGAAGAAAAUUUAAAAUAUCAUAUAACUGUCCCCUUAACCAAAUAAUAAGUUCACUAAGAUGCAGACUCAGACUUCAAUAAAGCAAUCAUUCACUCUCACAAACAAUAAUAUGAAUUCAUCCUAGUAUAUCAAUGACAAUCAAAAUCAAUCUAAAAAGUUGAGAACUUAGCCUCAGCAAAAGAGUUAAAACAAUGAAGAUAACAUCUUGCUUAAAUCGAUAUAAAAUGAUAACUUGAAGCAAAUCAUUAGAAUACAAAGAUGGUGGAGAGUUCAAAUCAAGAACAAAAAUUUAAGGGAUGACUUGAUGCUCAAUUUCGAUACAAUUUAAACAGUGGACCCUGAUAAGUUGCUAAAUACAAUGGAUAACUUCACUCCAGACGAUAAUUUAGAAGAUGAAUUAGGAUUUCAAAGUGAGCAAACGCCUUAGUCAAGCAAGAUUAUGAAUAAGAGAUAUAAAAUAGAUGAUACUAAAGAUGAUUAUACAAUGAAUACUCCAAGUAAUAAUAGUAGACCUUAGUUUAAAUUUGAUUGGAGAGAGUAUUUCAAAAUUGAUGAGUUAGAACAAGCUUACAAUCUCAUUUUGUAAGGGAAAGAACCCAACAUUGAAACUGAGAAGUAAGAAUCAGAUGAGGGAAGUGACUCAAGCCCUAGUGACGAUAAUCUAGAUAUUUAAGAGCUUUACACAAUUAUCUACGUAAGGAAAAAGUACUUAAAAAGGGAAAUACAGUAAAAGAUCUAAGAUGAGCAAGAGUAUCUGAAGAAAUUCGAAAAAUACAUAAAAAAGCAGAUUAAGCAGAUUAAGAGAAUGGGCUCUAAUCAAAAUAAUUCACUUGAGUCAAUUGAUCCUGAUAAAGCAUCACCUUAAAACGAUAUCCAGCCCAAGAAGUUUUCAAAGAUAACAUUGAUUAAAAGGUCUAAAUCUAAAGAGUAGUUUCAGAACAAUCUGAACGGAGGGGAAUUGAUAUCGAGAGACUAAGGACUUAAAUAAAUGUCCAAAAUGAAUAGAUCUUUCAAUCAAGAAGAUCCCUAUAAUUUUACUGCUGAGUCUAUUAAUAAUCUGACUGAAAAUAUGUUUAUGAUGAGCAGUCUAAAUAAUGACAAUAAUAGCAAUCAACAGACAAGCAGCAAGGUUGAAAUUAAAAAGUAGUUAUCCCCAACAGUUUUAAAUAACUCUAUAAACUAAAUUGGCCUGAAAAAGUUUAGACUAAAAUCUCCAAUUCAAAAGAUUGAUUAAAUUUCUUCAAAUAAUGACUAACUAAAUAGUUCUGCUAACCAAAUCAUUAAGUCAUUUACUGAUUAGAAUGUAAAAGACUCCAUAUCAAUAAAUAAAAAUGCCAACAUAAUUCAAACUGCAACUUAGAAAGUGAGUAUAAACUAAAGAAGAUAGUUGAAAAGCUUAGAAUCGGCAAGAGAUUCAAUAACAUCUGCUUCAAAUGAUCAAAUGCUAAGAACUAACUAAUCCUAAUUUAACGAUAAUUAGAAUCCAUACGGGGUAUAAAUGUCAGCAAGACCAACAGUGAAUUCAGUAUAAUAAGAUAGAAGGAAAAGUGCUUUGGAUUCAUUAUAAAAGGCUUAAAAUCACAAUUAUCAAAAUCUAGUGCCAUAGCAAUCUUAGAGCAAAACUGUGUUUAUGCAAAAUUAAUAUCCAUUGCUGCCCUUGCUCAAUAUGGAAGGGACUAAUGUAAAAAAGACUAAUAAUAUUUACUAAAGCUAACAGAUCCAAGAAUAGUACAUCAUUAAUCGAGAAGCUCAGACAUAGAUGAAAGACUUCAUUGAUGUAUCUAUGGAAAUGAAAUAGAAGCGACAGCAGUUCUAAGUAAACUAAAGAUAAUCAAUCCAACUAAUAGUUCCAAAUAAUGAUAAUUAGAACACAAUGAAUACAAGUUCUUAAUCAUUUUUCAACAAGAGAAUAAAAAGCAAGUCACCUGAUUAUACUCAUGCUUAGGCACUUAAUAAUUCAGGCAAUCAAUAGCUGAGUGCAACAAACUCAUUAAUGGUUAUACCUCAAAAUAAAACCCUGAACUCUAAUUAGUCUUAGCAAAUUUACUUGCAAGUGCCAUAAACAACUAAUAUAAGCGGAAUUCAAAAAUAGAGCUUUAAACUGCAAGGUCUAAUCCCAAGUAUGCCAAUACAGACAUAGCAAAGACAAUCUUUAAGCAGCCAAGGAAAUAUCAAGUAACCCAUUUAUCAGAAGCAACAGCAACAAUAAUAAUUCUCAAUUGAGGGUAAUAAUUACACCCAAAGAUAACUUAACCAACCACCAAAUUAUCUAGAAAGCCACAGAGUUCAUACUAAUAGUCAAUUAGCCAGUAUUAAGAAUAGAAAGAUAAACUCCCUGUCUCCAUAAUAAUAGAAAGAUAGUAAUUACAUUGGUCAUAGUAAAAUGCAAAACAACUACAUAUAAUCAGUUUAGAACUAGAGUUAAGUCAUAUCAAAUUAAGUUCAAGAUAUUGCAAAGAGGCAGCACUAGAAUGUCAGACUGAAUGAGAGAUCACUAAGUCCAAAUGACAAGGUUAAUCUCUUAGAAAAUCUAGGAUCAGACGAUGAAGGCAUUGCUGAUCAUAUCUAAGAAAUCAAUCAAAUCGCCAAUGAAAUGAUGAUAAUGAGGCAGCAUUAAUAAUUCACUGGCAGAUCAUUUCUUGGCAAGAAUAAUGCCUUCAUUGAGUAGAAAGGUAACCCAAAAUACUAGAACAGGAAAUGA